UCCGGGCAGCGGCGGCGUUGGCGGGAGCGAGCUGUUCGGCCCCUCCCUAGAGGAGGCAGCGCGACCGUGGGCUGCGGGCGCCGCCUCUGCUGCAUCCGUGGCUGCGCGCUCCGCUGGGCUCAGCCCCGCUUGGAUCCGGAGCCCGCGCGCCGCGCUGCCUUCUCUUCCUCGGCCGCCGCCCAGCCGGCAGCUCCCCCAGCCAAGACGCGCGCGUUCUAGCCUCCUUCCCCGGGUUUACGGAUUUCCGGGGGGCGAAGAAUUUUGCCUCGGUCCCUACGAACAUCCCUCGACCUCUCUCCCCCUCCCCUCGCGACUCCCCCACCUCGUGGGCGCGCGCGCGCACACUCACACACACUCACACUCGCAGGCGCGCGUGCGCACGCCCGCGCGCCCCUAGCCGCGGAGUCUCCAGCGCCGCUCAGCAGAUCCCACUCUCUCGGGCGCCGCUACUCACACAGGCUUCCAGCCGCCACGGGGCGUCCUCUGUCUGCGGCAGCGGCGGCAGAGGCAGCGGAGGGAACGGCAGCUGCAGCCCGGCCCCGUCUGGCAGCUCCGCGCCCGGGACGGAGUCCGGGAAGCGGAGAAGGAGGACGCCGAGGCAAGGAGGAGCCGCGCCGCGCCCGGCGCCCGGCUCCACGCGGCGGGCUGCCUCUGCUCCCCGCACGGCGGCCCCAGUUGCAGCUGCAUUGACACUCCGUGUGAUCAAAUAGCAGAUGUGGAGGCGCAGUUCUGUUAUCCCUGCCACCUUGCACCAGAAGCCGACUUCUGAGUCGAUGCUUCUCCUGUUUGAUGUUUGCCCUUUCUCCUUGUCUACAGGUCCUUUGCAGCCAGCAUGAUAACGUAUUUAUAACACGUGGAGGAGAGAGAGCUCACCAUGCUCAGGAUUCCCCAAAAGAAGAUGGAUCGAGGGAAGUGAUGGGGUCCCUGAGAGAAAGCCAUAUGUGAAGAAAUCUGCCAGAAUGGAUCAGACUGAGCAACAGGAUCUGGAUGUCUAAGGGGACAGUGGUUCCAGAAGCAUCUGGCAUGUCAAAGCCGCACUGUCUUCCAUGGGACUUCCUUUGUAAACAGCUUCUAUUUAAAAUAUUUUUGUGAAUACGUUGUUUCAGUCAAGUCCCCAAAGAACACAUUUGUCUUCUGAUCUUCUGGAGGUCUUAAGGAAGCUACUAGAGAAUGUGCUCUACAAAAAUGAGGAUGUAAACCAAGAAAGAGGAAACCAUGGGAUCCAGGAAACGGGGGACCCAGCACAGGCGAGAGGCACAGGGAUUUCGCAAGAUGGUGUUAAAAAGAAGCCCCAGGACAACAGAAUCCAAUGAUCUCCGUGGGGACCCUGCACUCAGCCAUCCAACUGCUCCUGCCUCCCAGGAUGCUCAUAAUUCAAUAGUAGAUGCAGGUGGCAUUGAAAGCAUCACCCAGUGUCCCCAGCAGCUUCCUCAGAUGAUGGCUGCAGCAGCCGAUGGUUUGGGGAGUAUAGCGAUAGACACGACCCAGCUCAACAUGUCGGUGACAGAUCCCACAGCCUGGGCCACCGCCAUGAAUAACUUGGGCAUGGUUCCUGUGGGGUUGCCUGGACAGCAGCUUGUGUCUGACUCAAUCUGUGUACCAGGCUUUGAUCCAGGCCUCAACAUGAUGACUGGAAUCACCCCCAUUAACCCAAUGAUACCAGGCCUGGGGCUGGUACCACCCCCACCGCCAACAGAAGUGGCUGUCGUCAAAGAAAUAAUCCACUGCAAAAGUUGUACCCUUUUUCCUCAAAAUCCAAAUCUUCCACCUCCUUCCACAAGAGAACGACCUCCUGGGUGUAAGACUGUGUUUGUCGGAGGAUUACCAGAAAAUGCUACUGAGGAAAUUAUUCAAGAAGUCUUUGAGCAGUGCGGUGAUAUUACAGCGAUUCGGAAAAGCAAGAAGAAUUUUUGUCACAUUCGCUUUGCAGAGGAAUUCAUGGUUGAUAAAGCCAUUUACCUUUCUGGUUACCGGAUGCGAUUGGGGUCUAGCACGGACAAAAAGGAUUCAGGCCGCCUUCACGUGGACUUUGCCCAGGCCAGGGACGACUUCUACGAGUGGGAAUGCAAGCAGAGGAUGCGCGCCCGCGAGGAGCGGCACCGGCGCAAGCUGGAGGAGGAUCGGCUGCGGCCGCCCUCGCCGCCAGCCAUAAUGCACUACUCGGAGCACGAGGCCGCCCUGCUGGCCGAGAAGCUGAAAGAUGAUAGCAAGUUUUCAGAGGCUAUCACAGUGCUGCUUUCCUGGAUUGAACGAGGGGAAGUGAAUCGGCGUUCCGCAAACCAGUUCUAUUCCAUGGUGCAGUCGGCCAACAGCCACGUCCGCCGGCUAAUGAACGAAAAAGCCACCCAUGAGCAAGAGAUGGAGGAAGCCAAGGAGAAUUUUAAAAAUGCCUUAACUGGAAUCCUCACUCAAUUUGAGCAGAUUGUGGCCGUUUUCAACGCUUCUACCAGACAAAAAGCUUGGGACCAUUUCUCGAAAGCUCAGCGCAAGAACAUAGACAUUUGGCGAAAGCAUUCUGAGGAGCUCCGGAAUGCUCAAAGUGAGCAGCUCAUGGGCAUCCGCCGAGAAGAAGAAAUGGAAAUGUCAGAUGAUGAGAAUUGUGACAGCCCUACUAAAAAACUGAGAGUCGAUGAAUCAGCCCUGGCUGCUCAGGCCUACGCUCUUAAAGAGGAGAAUGACAGUCUCCGUUGGCAGCUGGAUGCCUACAGGAAUGAGGUGGAGCUGCUGAAACAAGAAAAAGAACAGCUCUUUCGAACAGAAGAAAACCUCACCAAGGACCAGCAGCUCCAGUUCCUGCAGCAAACCAUGCAAGGCAUGCAGCAGCAAUUGCUGAGCAUCCAGGAGGAGUUAAACAACAAAAAGUCAGAACUGGAGCAAGCCAAGGAGGAGCAGUCCCACACGCAGGCAUUACUUAAAGUCCUCCAAGAACAGUUAAAAGGUACCAAGGAAUUGGUCGAGACCAAUGGCCACAGCCAUGAGGACACAAAUGAAAUCAAUGUGUUGACAGUUGCGUUGGUCAACCAAGACCGAGAGAACAAUAUUGAGAAAAGAAGCCAAGGCUUAAAAUCAGAGAAAGAAGCUCUGCUAAUCGGCAUCAUAUCAACGUUUCUUCACGUCCAUCCUUUUGGAGCCAAUAUAGAGUAUCUCUGGUCAUACAUGCAGCAGCUGGACUCCAAGAUAUCUGCAAACGAAAUCGAAAUGCUUUUGAUGAGGCUGCCACGCAUGUUUAAACAGGAAUUCACAGGUGUGGGAGCAACGCUGGAGAAAAGAUGGAAGUUAUGUGCCUUUGAAGGAAUUAAAACCACCUAACUGUGAAGAGCAAAAAGAUUUCUGGAAAAGAACCCACCUGAACCCGGCCAGGGCUGUGCAGCGUGAGCGCAGGAGGUGUCGGGUUGGCCCAGCUCGGGACCUUGGUGGAGCCCGCAGAGCCUGACUUUAGUUCCAUCCGUGGUGUUCUCUUGUGAGUGGAAAUGUAAUUGUGUACCAGUUCCCUAAAACAAACAAAGCUUCAUACUGUGACAGAUCUGUUUCCUAUGAAAACCAAUGAUUCCACAGUCAUAAUGAUGGCAAAAUCUUAAAAUAUGCUACAUUUGAGAAUAGCUCGCCAAGCAAAAUAUUUAACAUUAAUGAUGGUGUAGCAAUGGUUGUUGCUAGACUACAGAGUUGUAUAUGUAAUGUAUAGCUGAAAUCAUUCAAUGACAUUUUCCUGAAAGUCUUUCUGUUUCAGUAAAAAAAAAAAAUGUAAUUUUACAGUGAGGAAAAGAUCAUACCAAAAGAAAACUUGAAUAUGUGUCUCAACAUUUAUUGUAUUUUGUAAAUUAAGUUAUAUGCUGUUCCAGGGACUUUUGCCUUAUUGAAGAGGCAGAAAAUGUGAUUGGACUCCUUGAGAAUGCUUUAUCAAGAAUAUUAUUUUUCUAAUGUAACAAUUCUCCAUCAUAAGUUCUUUUAACAUGGACUGCAUAACAAUUUUCAUAAAAUGUAAAUAAAGGGAAAACUAGUGCUACUGUCUUGUACUUGGUAUGUAAUAUUCAGGUUUAUGCAUCAAAAUAAACAUUCAGUAAAUAUUCCUGUUACAAAUUUUAUAGCAAAGAUAUUAAUUUUUUUCAAUAAAUAUGA